CUUCCCAGUAACUAACCCCCUGAACGAAGCAAUCCCAGCCGUCCAUUUCCUGCCUUUAAAAACCAGGAGCUGACCAAGACCACUCCUCUUUCUCUCGCCGUGUGUUCGUUCAUCUUCUUCUCUUUGCAAACAACAAAUCUCAUCUUGCGCAACAUCGGUGCGUGAGAGAAAAUGUUUGGGAGAGCUCCGAAGAAAAGCGACAACACCAAGUACUAUGAGAUCCUUGGAGUGCCUAAGAACGCGUCGCAGGAUGAUCUGAAGAAGGCUUACAGAAAAGCAGCCAUCAAGAACCAUCCUGAUAAGGGUGGGGAUCCAGAGAAGUUUAAAGAGUUGGCCCAAGCAUACGAGGUUCUGAGUGAUCCAGAGAAACGGGAAGUGUAUGACCAAUAUGGCGAGGAUGCACUCAAGGAAGGAAUGGGUGCCGGAGGCGGCGGCCACGACCCAUUUGAUAUAUUCCAGUCCUUCUUUGGCGGGGGUGGCAGCAGCAGAGGCCGCAGGCAGAGAAGGGGAGAGGAUGUGAUCCAUCCCCUUAAAGUUUCCCUGGAAGAUCUAUAUAAUGGGACAUCCAAGAAGCUGUCUCUCUCUCGUAACAAAAUCUGUGCCAAGUGCAAGGGUAAAGGGUCAAAGUCGGGUGCUUCAAUGAAGUGUCCUGGUUGCCAAGGGUCUGGAAUGAAAGUCUCUAUUAGACAUCUUGGACCUUCCAUGAUCCAGCAAAUGCAGCACCCAUGCAAUGAGUGCAAGGGUACCGGUGAAACCAUUAAUGACAAGGAUCGCUGCCCGCAGUGUAAGGGUGAGAAAGUUGUUCAGGAAAAGAAAGUAUUGGAGGUUCAUGUGGAGAAGGGCAUGCAAAAUGGACAGAGAAUCACAUUCCCUGGUGAAGCUGAUGAAGCGCCUGACACCAUCACAGGGGAUAUUGUUUUUGUCCUGCAACAAAAGGAACACCCUAAGUUUAAGCGAAAGGGUGAUGACCUAUUCUACGAACAUACGCUGUCCCUUAUGGAGGCACUCUGUGGCUUCCAAUUUAUCUUCACGCAUUUAGAUGGCAGGCAACUCCUCAUCAAAUCUCAUCCUGGAGAAGUUGUCAAGCCUGAUCAAUUCAAGGCUAUAAAUGAUGAAGGCAUGCCGAUGUACCAGAGGCCAUUUAUGAAGGGUAAACUAUAUAUACAUUUCACUGUGGAGUUCCCAGAUUCAUUGAAGCCAGAACAGUGCAAGGCCUUGGAAGCAGUGCUGCCGAGGAGUUCUGCCCAGCUUACUGACAUGGAACUAGAUGAGUGUGAGGAGACUACACUGCAUGAUGUCAACAUAGAAGAGGAAAUGCGUCGCAAACAAGCACAGCAGUCUCAAGAGGCAUACGACGAGGAUGAGGAUAUGCAUGGUGGUGCCCAGAGGGUCCAAUGCGCUCAACAAUGAUUUGAGCGACUUCUUAUAUCCUUUGAGAAAAUAAAAGUUAUUAGGCGUUAGGAGUCUUUUAUAUGUAGUUUGUCUUGGUGUUUAUUUCCAGUUUGGGUUGUUUAUGAUCCCAACUAUUGGGGAUUUAAAGACUAGCUAUUAAGAACAUGAUCCUUAUUCUA